AUGAACGAAUGUAUGCACCGGAGACUACACUACCGGGACUUGGUGGUGAAGAGCCGAAGGAAGACCAAACGUGAAGCCAGGACGAAGGACACUAAUACCUACCGGCUCACCGACCCCCCUGCCACCGGGUUGCGUCCCCUUCCACGACGGGGGUGGAAAAUCAACCGGUUCAGGUCGACCGUCAAGCUAGCCCUUGCCCAAAAGGGCUCGACUUGGCAGGCCACGGACCACGGGCCACGCGGGUCAAAGGGGAGGGCGGAGGAGGAUCAGAGCGGAAGAAUACGACCCUGCAUCUCAUCUGCAGCAGUCACCGACAUCACCCAAAGUCGCUCGACGAUAGAGAAGAGAGAAGAGGACGAGGCGUUGGGUGGCGGAGAGCAUGGAGAGCACCGCUGGUUUCAGGCCUUCCGAGUUCAAGUUGCCCAGUCUCAGGGCAAACAGAAGACAAGCUUUUUCAUUUCGGCUUCGUUUUUGCGAGUUAUGGUUCAUGUAAAACAGCUUGAGCAUAUUGAGAGGCCAAUGACUAAGCACGUUCCUGGUUUGGCGUCGACCAAAAGUAAUUACCGUGAGGCUGGCAUCUCGCUUCGACCGGUGCUGCAGACAGCGCGCGUCCUAGGCUCCCCUCGAGGCACUAGAACACGCCGGGACGAGGGUUCCUGCAUUACAUUACGGCUGGCCCAUCUUAUUGGAUGGAUGUCUUGCUGGAAGCGAAGCGAAGAGAAAGCGACUUGGCGGAUCAAUAUUUUCUACAAAGUAUCCAUGCUUUCGCUGUCAGGUGAGUCCCCUGAGCCUGACACGUACCAAGUACACGCCGUCCUGGUCGUUCUCGGUUCUCUCACCUGUUCAUUUCCUCCUUGGGUUUACAUGGACACCCAGUGGCAGAAGAACAUCCGCAAGGCCCAGCCAGACACCUCCUUCAACAGAUUAGAAAGGCAAGGAGAUGACCCCGUAUGUCUUUAACAGUACAACCAGUGACCUUAAGAACGACGGUGUCUCAAUAAGGAACAUAAUAAAAUAAAAGAAAAAA